UCCCCCCAGAACAAAACAAAUUAACCCAAAAAUCCAAACUCCAUUCUCUCAACCUCUUUGCAGUACGCGGCAGCCCACUGGCGUCCACGCACACCGUCUUAAAUUGCGUGUCCACAUCCGCACAACCUCUCCUAUAAAUUGACUCCCCGUCGAUUUCCUCUUGCAGAAAAUCACAGACGCAUCCGACAGAUUCAGCGAGAUGAGCACGACAAUGGCGGCGAUGGUGAUAUUAACACUGGUGGGUUUGAGUACGUUGUUGAGUGAGGCGGAGGGUUUUCAUUACAGAGGGAGAAAGGUGGGAGGAAGGACGGAGGUGAAGAACGUAAGCGAAAACAAAGAGGUGCAGGAUCUAGGGAGAUUCUCCGUGCAGGAGUUUAACCGGCGGAGCCAGAUUGCUGUGGACGGCGGCGACAGUACGAAGUACUCGGUCGCGUUUUCUCGGGUGGUAGCGGCGGAGAAACAAGUGGUGGCGGGGCUUAAAUACUAUCUGAAGAUCGAAACGACGACGUGGGAUGGGUCAACGAGAAUGUUUGACUCCGUUGUGGUCGUGAAGCCGUGGCUUCAUUCUAAGCUGUUGCUUCACUUUGCGCCCGCUGAUUCGUACAUCAGUAGUUAAUGAAUAAUGAUUAGCAGUAAAUAGUUGAAUGUGAGGUUUUCGUCUUUGUACCGGGAAUGUUAAUGGAGAUUUUGGGACUUCAAUUUUCUUUUUUUUUUUUUAAAUUUAAAAAUGAAUAAGAAGAGCAUGUAACGUGAGACUGUUGUAUAAUUUUGUUCUUAAUCGAAAUAAAAAUAACUUAAUUAACGCG